CGUUCAUUCACACACACACGGGUCUAGAGCGUCGCCUCAGCAGCGCCUUGGGGCUGGGGAGGGAGAACUGCGCCGAAGCGGAACGAUAGUGUCGGGGGUCCCGCUUCCGGGAGGAAGGAAAAAGGAAGCGGGACUCGGGAGCGGAUUUGGCCGGGGACCGGAAGCUGAGCGGCGCAAAGCGGGCGAAGUUGCUGGGGGCGACGGCCGGAGCCGCGGCGGGAGGAGAUGGCGGGGCUGUCGGCGCGGGACCCGGCCGUGGAUCGGCAUUAUUACUUUUAAUGUUUCACUGUUGUUAUCUUCUAUAUUUGCACUGUUUAUUGUAUUUUGUCAUUUGUUCAUCAGCCACCUCAGUGUAACAGCAGUGUGUUGGAAAGGCAGGGUAUAAGUGUUUUCCAUAAAUGCGUUAAAUUCAUUUUUCAAACAGACCUUUCAUAAGGAAAUCGAAUAAAUAAUAAAUAAGAAGAAAAAGAACAUAGGAAGAGCCCUGCUGGAUCAGGCUGAAGGACGCCCAUCUAGUCCAGCCUCCUGGUGGCCACAGUGGCCCACCAGAUGCCGCUGGAAGCCUACUGGCAGGAGCUGAGAGCAUGCAGCCUCUCUCCUGCUGUGACUGACCGCUCUUUUCAUCGAGAGCCCACAACUCGGUGGUACUCUAGUCUUUUUGUGUCUAGAGAGCCCUCGAGGUUACUCUAGCCUUUUGGUGUCUAUGGCACGCGCGGCUGCGCUGCGGCUGCGCCGGAAAGGUGGGCUGCCGCUGCCAGUCCGGCGCCUGCGCAGUGUCGCCGGAAGGAAACGGUGGCUGUUGAGCAUGCGCGCUGCGCUGGCCGGGGGAGGCACGUGAAGGUCGCCUGCCCGCCGCCUUCUACUCGGCAUGGACCCGUCGUCUGCCGCGGGGGAGCUGGGGGCGGCCGUCAGCGACCCGCAGCUGCAGCACUUCAUCGAGGUGGAGACGCAGAAGCAGCGCUUCCAGCAGCUCGUGCACCAGAUGACGGAGCUCUGCUGGGAGAAAUGCAUGGACAAACCCGGGCCCAAGCUGGACAGCCGAGCCGAGACCUGCUUUGUGAACUGCGUGGAGCGCUUCAUAGACACCAGCCAGUUUAUUCUCAACCGGUUGGAGCAGACGCAGAAAUCCAAGUCGGCCUUCUCAGAGAGCCUGUCGGACUGAGUCGGGGCCAUGACACCCCCGUUUCCCUUAUUGCAGGGAAAGCCAUCUAUUAAAUUGGGGAGGAGGAGAAAGAAGAGCAAAGGACCAGCAGGGGUAGGCUGUGCAGGAGGAGGUUGGCUGCUCCGUGUGGGACAGACUCCAGGGCUUCCUGCCCCCUCAAUCAGUUCUGAUUUUAAAGUUCUCAUCUUGUGAACGUUACCAGCCCUAUAAGGCCACCCAGCGUCAUGCGCUUGCUGUUUGCUGCCCAAUUUUGUCACUUUAGAUCUGGACGCUCCAUCCCAGAACCGUGCGGUGUGAACAUCUUGCUUUCCCAAAGAUCUGGCCAGGGAAGCUCAUCUGUCGAUACUUGAAAACUUUCUUCUUCUUGGAAACAAGGAGGUUGGGAAGGCUUCGCACACGACUGUCGCUCCUGGGACAGGCAGCGGGGCAAAGGUGCCUUACAAAUGGGGCUGUGUGGGGGCUGUGGUGUCUCCAUUUAGCACGACUCCUGAGCCGCGCCGCAGAGUAGCUUGCCUGCCAGCCAUUCAGAAGUGCAGCUGACUGACCUCUGUACCCCACAGGCAGGGUACAAAGCUGGCUUGGUUUGCAGAAAUGUGUCGGAGCCUUGCUGUCUGUGACAUGAGGUACUUGCUCACACCCUCUCCUAGCAUAGUUAGGAAGAAACGCCCCAGGGGACCUGGCUGUUGGGAGGGAAUGUUGCUCAUGUGGUCCCGCAGAACUUCCCCCUAACAAGUAUAAAGGUUAAUAUUCACUUUCUCCAUGAAUUGCUUUUCUCCUGAUCACUGGAAUAAAUGUCAAUUGGAUCCAUUUUAAACUGCCUUCCGAGUUGGUAGCCGUUCCUUUGCCUAGGUUUGCCGCACUUCAGAAACGGAGGGAUUACUGUGGUAGCAUAGUGGUGCUCUGAAAUAAUGUACAUCUGUACAUGGCAGAAUGUCAGUGCUUUGUUGUUAAAAAAUAUCUGGAAACCCUUUUCUUGCUAUUGGCCUAAGCCAGGCAUCCCCAAACUGCGGCCCUCCAGAUGUUGCUGAACUACAACUUCCAGCAUUCCCAGCCACAAAAAAUUGUGUCUAGGGAUGCUGGGAGUUGUAGUUCAGCAACAUCUGGAGGGCCACAGUUUGGGGAUGCCUGGCCUAAGCAAUAGGCUGUCAAUUAAGCGUGUAAAAUGCAUGCUAGUCCUUGCCCUGCAGGCAAGGACACCCAUCACUAGAACCCAAACAUUUGUAUUUAUUUGCCCGUUGACACUACAUGCUGCACAUACUAUAUAUGUGUGUGUAACUUGUGGCCCCAAAGAAACAACUUUUGUAAAGCUUUCCUGCUUGGUCACCUGGGAGAGAACCUUAUUUGCCCACAGGCAACCCCAAAGAAUUGUGGUUGGUAGAUUGACUAUAAAAUGGCCCAUCCUUAGCAAAGACACAUACAGAUACCCACAACAGGCUUCUGUGGAUUCCUCAGUAUAAAUUUUUUUUAUAGUUUGGAAUUUCCUGAAAUGAUUUCAAUACUGGCAAAUAAGAGAGAGGUCCCUGCCUUCCUCUCUUGCAGCACAGCUGAUACUAUCUUGAGCCUUAAACAAACUUAGGAUGGUAUUCAUGGGCCAGAGCCCUGAAAUUCUCUGCUAAAGUGGUAGGUAAAUAUACUGUGUGGCUUGAAUCCUAAGUUGCUCUUGCACAAAGCUAAACAGCUCAGCAAUGAAGAGCGGAAUGAGUACCGGAUACAGUGGAAGGUCCUUUGCACCUGCAGGUAGUAAGAUGAUCUACUGCCUGCUGCAGUGUUGCUAGGCCUGGUCUUGCAAGUUCAAGCCACCAUAGAGUUGUUAGCACAGAAGGUGCCACAAGAGUCUUGUUAUAUUUCCAGUCUUGUGUCUCAGGGAGGCAAUGGCAAAAUGCUAGCAGAUAUUUGCAAGCAAACUGUGGGACUGUGCUGGCAGAAAGCAUAGAUCAGAAGACCUGGUUUAUUAUAAGGGCCAAGAAAGGUGCUUAUGCAUUUGCUGGAUAAGUGCCAGUUCAGGCAAUGUGCUCCUAGAUUAACUUAAGGAUGUUCCCAUCUGCUUUCCCUUUUAGAUGCUAUCUGAACAAAAGUGUUAUGAGAAUGAAAAACCAGCCCCGUAACACAAUUGGAAGCUUUUUUGACUCUUUCAGAAAGACUGGGACUAAUAGAAAAGGCAAAGACCAACCACAUGUGUGAGUGUGGUCUCCCCACCCCAGAGAGUUAUUUUCAAGUUCCUAGUAGGUAGCCAUUUGUUUCAAUGGCAGAUGAAACAAAAUGGAUUAAUUUGGCUCAGAGACACCCAUCCUGUUCUGCUUCAGAUCAGAAGGUUAGUCCUGCACCCAAGUCCUCUGCCUUAUCAGCUAGCCACAUAUUCCAGACUUUCAGCAAAUGAUUAGGUUGCCUGCAGAAGCUAUAGUCCUUUCAGCAAUUGGUUUUCUCUAUAGUUCAGAGGCAAAACAUGCCCCAUAGGCAUAGCUUGCAAGAAUCCAAAGCGGUUGCUUUGGAACGUAAGAAGUUCAUUCUUGCUUGAAGCACCUGGCAGUUCCAUUGGCCACAGCACAAAUCGUUUUCACCUGUUCGGCCUAUCCAAGUGACUUAAGGAUGUUCAGUGGGAAUGAGAAACAGGGUUGUGGCUAUUAUGGGUGAAAAGGUUGAAUUUAAGGUAAAUGGAGUGUUCUGGAUGUAUUGCUUUUCCCUGAGCACUUUUGCUUGGCUGUAUUCUUCUUCAGUAUUAUUAACCUUUUGUACCAUG